ACAAGGCAGUUCUCCUUAAGUCCCCUUCUGCAUAGAUGGAGGGUACAAAUGCUGUACGGAUAGAAUGUCUGAACAUCUUUAGUUCCGUAGUGUAAGGGUGUGGAAGUGAGACACCCUUGAGUCGGUGUCUCAGCGGAUCAAAGACUUUUCUCAAGCUUGAAAAUGCCUCAGAUUUCAAAAGUGGAAUGACUACACCCUAUUUCCUUAUCUUUCUUCAUGCUGUAAACACAUCCAAGUCUGUACUUCCUGGUUUAAAAGGAACCUCCCCUUUGCUGGGACACUGUGGAUACUUCUGAUCUUUCAGUCAAAUGAAAAGAGCAGAGGCGUGACCUUUUACCGAGAUGGCAUUUGUAACAGGUUAUUUAGCAACCUAUGCCCUCUGUUCAAAGUGCAACUUCAUGGCUUUCCUGGAGCCCUGUUUUGAAAUGGGUGCAAACUGUCAGGUUACCUAUCGCAGAGAUUCCCUCCCACACUUAUAAGGAAAGGUGCCUAAGAGCGAGAUGCAAAGUCCAGCCUGUGUUGAAAUGCUCAUGCCCAGAGGGCUUUGUUUCUACAGCUUUCCAGCCUGAACAGAGGGCAGCUGGGACACCCAGGACUCAGAGUGAACGCAGAGCGGGUGCCACUGUCGCUCCGAUCCAGGGAAGCCAUGACGAAAACAACCACUUGCGUGUACCACUUCCUUGUUCUGAACUGGUACAUUUUCCUCAAUUAUCACAUCCCACAGAUUGGAAGGAAUGAGGAGAAGCUAAGGGAAUUCCAUGACGGUGGGCGAUCCAAGUACUUGACACUCCUUAAUCUGCUCUUGCAGGCCAUUUUCUUUGGGGUCGCCUGCCUGGAUGAUGUGCUGAAAAGAGUCAUCGGAAGGAAAGACAUCAAGUUUGUCACAUCCUUCAGAGAUCUGCUCUUUACCACAAUGGCUUUUCCUAUAUCCACAUUUGUGUUCUUGGUAUUCUGGACUCUCUUUCACUACGACCGGAGCCUCGUUUACCCCAAGGGCUUGGAUGACUUCUUCCCAGCAUGGGUUAACCACGCAAUGCAUACCUCCAUAUUUCCCUUUUCACUGUUUGAAACCAUCCUCAGACCACACAACUAUCCAUCGAAGAAGCUAGGACUCACCUUGCUGGGUGCUUUUAAUUUUGCCUACAUCAUCAGGAUCCUGUGGCGCUACGUUCAGACUGGAAACUGGGUGUACCCCGUGUUUGACUCCCUCAGCCCACUGGGUAUUAUCAUCUUCUUCUCAGCCGCUUACAUCCUAGUCGCCGGCAUCUACCUGUUUGGCGAGAAGAUCAAUCACUGGAAAUGGGGUGCCAUAGCAAAGCCACAGAUGAAGAAGAAUUGAUGACGUACUAUUUUCCAAGAGCCAUGGAAGAAGAAACUUAAGAACCGGUCAUCUUUCUAUUAUCCUCAUUAUUAUUAUUAUUAUUUCUUUUUGGAUCAGGGGUGGACUUGCUUGGGGAGAUAGAAAGGACGGAGAAUGUUGCAUAGUUUUAAUAAAGGAUAUAAAGGGAGCUUCUCUUGGGAUCUCCUGGUUUUCUAAAAGGCUGACAUCUCCUGUUACUUUUGAUUGACCUCCACAUUUUGUUUCUGACCAAAAAGGCUCAACAAGCUUGUCUAAACUUGUUGCUGGACCAUUUAGAGAAUGGGUGUGGGGACAAGAACAUGGGGGCAUAAACUCUCUUUACCUUCUAGGGGUAUGGGGAAGACACAGAUGACAUGCUCCAAACGUCAAAAUCAUGACCAAGCUGGAGUAGUGGUGCACACAGGGCAUUCCCUGCAUUCUGGAGGCUAAAUCAGGAAGAUCGUGAAUUCAGGGUUGCCCUGGACUGCAGAGUAAGACCCUGUCAUUAGAAGACCAAAAAUAAUAAUUUAAAAGUAGUUGUUGCUGGGUGGGUAGGGGAUUGGGGGGAGGGUAUGGGGGACUUUUGGGAUAGCAUUUGAAAUGUAAAUGAAGAAAAUACCUAAUUAAAAAAAAGUUUAAGAAACACUAAAAAAAAAAAAAAGAAAAAGUAGUUGUCGAAAUGAAGACAGUGCCGGCUUCUUCUAGAUCUCCCAAUACCAAAUACUGGGCCAUUUUUCAAUAAUCCCCACUUCUCUUUAAAAAAAAAAGUACGUAUUUUUAAUAAGCUAAUUGUUUUCAGUGAUUUCUGACCUAUUUUUCCCUUGAUUUAGAAGUGUACAGAAAUAUAACCUAGCGGCAGCUAACUUUAUAAUAACAACUAAUAAAAAAAAUGGCAGCAAACUCGCUGGGGCAGUGAGAAUAAUUUAUAACAAGUGGUGGGAAGUCUACCCCUCUUCAGAGCAAACAUUUGGGGUGGGAGUUACCAAUUAAUGUGGAACGUAAGGGGCUGUCAAAUGGCUCUUCCAUUUGGAUACUGGUUUGAAGGGAGGCACAGAUGAGUUAUUGGGAAGUCAGUGUGUAUACCAUAUGCAAGCAGGACUUUAGCUGGGACAAAGGCUAACUGAGGGAGCCAAGGGUGCUUCUAUACAAGCUCCUCAACUGAUCAGGUGACUCACAAGAGCUCAUGAGCCCUUUCCUUUCUCUGGGGGCUUUUAAGUCCAGCUUUGUCACUGCUGUAUAUUUGUUUUACACAGAACAGGGUCUUGUAAAAAUAAUUCAUGUGUUUUAACCAUAUUUGCCUCCCAAGACCAUCACCUCCCCACCCUUGCCCAACUCCUGCUCCUCCUACCAGCUUCCCUUCUGAUUUCAUCUUCCCCCACCUCUCAGACACAUACACACAGACAGACAUGCAGACACACACACAUGGAACAUGUACAUGCAUGGGUCCAUGUAUCUGUAAUAUAAUCUAAGAUCUACAUAUGAGAAAAAAAUAAACAUUUGUAUUUCUAAGUUUGGCUUAUUUCCCUUAAUUUGAUGGUCUCUGCGUACCUCCAUUGUCCAGCAAAGGAUGUAAUUUCAUUCUUUAUGAGUAAAUAAAACCGCAUUUCUAUAAA